AUGUCAACUCCUGUUCCCACAGUCCGUCCUCCGCGACACUACUACCGAUUCUUGACUUCAGCGCUACACUCCAGAUUCGUUCAUGUCCUCCUUCGAUCUCUCUCCCUCGGCCUCAUUUGUGUUGUCGGUAUUUCUCUGCUCAGCUCCAACACUCAGCCUGGCGGGGUAUGGCUCAAUGUCUUCACUGUGGUCCUUGCAGUAAUAUCUUCCUUGAUCGGCCUCUACUAUUUUAACACGGCGACUUCUCUCAUCGGUGGCAUUGGCGUGUAUCUAAUCCAGCUAGGUGGUCUCGACAUAUGGUCCCAUUAUAGAUCAACCAGCAUUCUAUCCCUGACACUUUCCUUGUUCAGACUGUCCAUUGGCUCGGUAAUAUAUCUCAUGUGCAGCGUCUUCAUAUUCAGUCUGCAGAUAGCUACACUCGAGGUUGGUCAGCAGACGAAGAUUUCGACCUGGGCCACACUAAGCAGGAAUUUGUUCAGCUCAGACGCCUUGAAAGCCAUCUUCGGCUAUGGGCUUUCCGCUUUCUGGUUUAGCGAAGCAUAUGUCUGGUCAUCUUCAGACCUUGGUUGGGUCACAAGAGGUAGUCAUACGACAUCUGACACAUUGAAUGAGCGCGGGAUCUUUCUGCAAGCCUAUGUUUUGAUGCUGGCAGUGGUCUCUGCAUUCACCCAUUUCUACCGCAAUCACUCUUCGCUGAGGAUUCCCGUCUCGAGAGUGCCUUCUUCCACAUCAAACGAAGUCGCAAAUCAAAGCACACACCCAAUCAAACCAAGAUGGUCGCAGGUGGAGAAAGCCUUCUGGCCUGCUAUUGUCCGAAGCCUUCUGGCAGUACUCAUCAUCAUCCCGAGUGGCAUCAUCUAUUUAGCCUUCCUACGGUCAUUUUUAUACUCGAUUCACCUGUUCUUUGCCAAACUUUGGUUCGAUAUUUCACGAACAAAUGCGCACGCUACGGGUUUCGUGGAUAUGGUUGACAUCAGCAAAUACCUUGUUCGCUGCUCUGUAGCUGGGAUUUUGCUACUCUUCACCUGGGACAUGUCCUGCAAUCUGUUCCUCAUCUAUUUCAGCCAAGAACCUACCAAGAUGGGCUUGCCGCUGUCCGCAUCCAGUAAGGAUCCUAACGGGACCCUUUUGACUGGGCUGAGCUCGAAGAAACCUGUUGUCCAGACAUUUGCCUUUUGGGAAUUGGCUAUUAUCGCCCAAAAGCACAAAGAUCGAAGACAGGCCAUCUUCGAAGAUAUUGAGAGACCCAGUGGUCCCAUGUGGCCUCAAAUGCUGCAAAAUGGCCUUCAAGUUCUGCGAGCUAUUGAUCUACGAAUCAAUGGGCCCCCUCCCAUUCCACCUUCGGAAAAUUCACAUAUCAAGAGCUUACCAAGCAUAAUUCCCAAAUCAUCCUAUCCAUCGAGUUUGCCUACGAAACCAAAAGCUUCGUGGAUGAGACAAGGAGUAUCGGAGGUUUUGGGCGAUUUUGGAAACAGUGACGACGUCUGGUAUAGUGAAAACGUUGAAGCGAAGGUAUCGUCUGCUCUGAGUCAGGUCAAACCUUCAGGUGCGUCGGAAGUCUUGAUGGAAAACUUGACCAACUUCCUCCCGAGCCCAGUGAUUGCUCUGCUGAAGAUAUCCCAUUUUGACAAGAUCAAUGCUACUGUCCUCGGAUCUCCAGCAGGCAAUGCAGCGUUGAUUGUCGAUGUGAUUGAAUCAAUUACGAAAAUGCUUGUAGCCAGUCUCACCGAGGAUACCUUUGGCAAGGCGACACCUACAGUUCCUGAUGCUGUGAGAACAUUUACCAAAACACUGACUACGAUUGAGAAAUUUGUGAACGCCAACAAGCCAGGAUCUGACAGUGGUAUUGAAGAAGUUGGUAUCAUCGUAGAGAGAUUGAGAGCUGGUUUACGGGAGCUUUUGGCUGCCUUUCAGGUCUACUUGUUGGAUGCCGGCUUGGGAAUUGCCGAGCUCAACCAGGCGAGGAGGGCAGCGGAAGGCCCCAAAAGCAAGGAAGCAGAAAGCAAUGACACCUUUUCUCGAAAGUCUUCACCUCCAGAGAACGGUACCUUGCAGAAUGCAUAUUCAGGCAAGCAAGGCAUGCGAAAUAGAACCGAUGAGCCUGCUCCAAACAAUUCCCGACGGACACUGACUACGAAUGGUGUACGGAGAUCAGGAUCUGGGAGUCAGAAUGGCCGACUGUUCCCCAGAAAGGAAAUGGAACAAGUAAGAUGA